AUGGCCCCCAAACGCUCCGGAUGGAAUCCUCGAGCUGUCACCGCACCCGUUGCAGCCUUUGUCAUGGCUGGCCUACUCUACACCUACUCUGUGACCUCCAUUCGAGCGGCGAAAAGAAACGCUAGAUUGCACCGCGAAGCCGACGGUGGACAGCUCGACAUGCGUCGGGAGAGCUUGCGCAGACACGGCGUACUCGACCAGGUCGAAGGCACAGGCGGCGUGGAACUUUUCAGAGAUGCAGGAGCUGAGGAAAAGAACGAGUCGAGAUUCUUGACGGAAAACAAAGCAAAGCCGCUGGGCUCAGAGCAGAAAGAAGAAACAGGCGCACCCCGGACCCAGAACGAGGGAGUCCUCGAUACCUACCGCGGGCGUCGCGGCCUCAAGAAGCUCAAGGAGGAGCAUCCACAACAAUAA